CCACACACACAAAUGAAAGAGAAAGUAUUAUUUCACUUUUUGACUCGAAGACAUCUCGGCCAUUACUUCUACUUAUCAAAUCUUCAUUAAAUACUGAAAAUAAAAUCAGAAAUAUGCUCUUCAUCAGACAGGAACACAUCAUGAGAUGUUUUCCGGUUCUCUUCUGGCUGAUCAGUUUACUGCCCGUCGCAGUUCAAGGAGAAUAUCAACUUGAAAAGCCAAUAAAAGCACAAGUGGGAUCCGACGUUAUUCUACCAUGUCUUGUGAAGCCCCCAGUUAACGUGAGAGACGCUGCAGUCGAGUGGAUGUUCGACUCCAGUAAAACUGUUCACUUGUUUCGCAAUGAAGCUGAUGACCGAGAAUCUCAAGACGACAGAUACAAAGGUCGAACUUAUCUCAACCAUACAAUGCUUGAACUUGGUAACAUUUCCCUCAAGUUGUCCAACGUAACUAAGAACGAUGAAGGGAUUUACAGCUGCUUUGUUCACCGUCUGCCUGAUCUCUCUGAAGAGAAACAUGUUACUCUGAUUGUUGUUGAUGGAAAAGAAAAUGAAAACCCCGACAAACAUUCUGGAGGAGAAUAUCAACUUGAAAAGCCAAUAAAAGCACAAGUGGGAUCCGACGUUAUUCUACCAUGUCUUGUGGAACUUAACGCAAGCAGUGCUACAGUCGAAUGGAUUUUCAACUCCAGUAAAACUGUUCACUUGUUCCGCCAUGAAGCUGAUGACCAAAAAUCUCAAGACGACAGAUACAAAGAUCGAACUUAUCUCAACCAUACAAUGCUUGAACUCGGUGACAUUUCUCUCAAGUUGUCCAACGUAACUAAGAACGAUGAAGGGAUUUACAUGUGCAGUGUUCGCCGUCUGCCUGUUCAUAAUAAGCCAGAAGAGAAACAUGUUACUCUGGUUGUUGUUGAUGGAAAAGAAAAUGAAAACCCCGACAAACAUUCUGGAGGUAAAUAUCUUAACAACUGAUAAUCAGAUGUUACUGGCACAGCGACUGUGACUCAGUGGAUACAGUUGUUGUCUUCCUGUUUCCCCUGGUCACAUGUUGAUGUGCCCUUGGGCAAGGCAGAUAACUCCUAAAUACCUAUUGAUCUGCAAAUAGGUGUAUAACUGG